UUCUUUAAAUUUCCAUUUAAUGCACUUAAAACCACUUUAAAACGUACAUACGUGCAGUCAAACCUUGAUAUAUCGCCGUCAUUUGUUUGCCUCAGUAAAUAAAAUAUGGCGCUAAACCGAAGUUUCCUGGAACAAUGAGAAUUACAUAAAAUAAUGAGAUCUACUGACAAUGUAAUCUGGUAGGAAUGUUGCUUCCUUUGCGGUAUAAUUUCGUAGUUAAAAGGCGGCUAAAGCGUUCGUUGUUGGCGUUAUAUCGAGGUUCGACUGUGUAUACAUUCUUCCAGUUUCGAACUAAUUAAAACUCCUUUCAGGUCCUCGAAUAUCAGUGGACAGGGAUGGCGAGGAGGAUAGCAAUAGUUAUUGGUACUAUCUGGCCGUGUUGCCCAUGGUUCUUCAUCCUCUGAUCCUCCUGAGACUACUUCAGCAUCGUUUGUUGGGUAGCAUGUUGCAAAGGAAGUGGUGCACGGCAUCCCGCUCGAGCGUAGCUUCCGGAGAAAACAGAAGUCGCACCAGUUCGACUGGAAACGACGAUUCCCUCCGAUCCAGGAGGAAGGUGAAUCUGACCAUCAAUUGCUCUAGUCCCACUCUGUCACCCAUGCAAACGGAAACACCAAGAAGAGACUCGCUGAAAUCGGAGAAUCAGUUGCCACCCGUCCAGCCCCUAGCACCCAGCAUAGGGCCCAUGUCCUUGUUGUCCAUCACCAUGAACCAAUUCAACUUCCUGUGGUCCAACAAAGAGAGGAAAGAGGGAACACCCACCGUUUCUCCGGCGGCUAAUCAUAAGAAAACGUUUCGUUUCUCUAGUUUACGUAAGAAGAGGAACAAGUUUAUAACCAAAGACAGUUUCAAUUCUUCUCAGGGCGAUAGUCAUAAUACCAGUGAAGCUGAUAUAGUGGCCUUUCAAAGAGAAGUACAAAAUCUACCUCAAUUCGAUUCUCAUUUAUCAGCAGCGAACUACUUGAGAGAACUCAUGGAACUUGGAGGUGAACCAAUGUUUGCGAGACCUCGUUCAUGCUCUGUCCCACGCGUGAUAUUCGAUGCCAGCUCUCUCCAGCUUCCAGGAGUGCACCCACACGGCUUACUUAUCCGAAGUGCAACCACAGAAGGAGGAUAUCCGACUUGUUCCUCGCGCAGUCCCUCUUCGUUAUCUCCUGGUAACAUUCCUUGCUCUUCAGAGAGUCCUUUACCUUUACCGGGAGAGAUGCCACUAAGUCAUAAGGCAGUGCUGACACUUGUCAAGGAGUGGUUCUGUCACUGCCACCUCGAUUUAGCGCACAACGAAAGCACGUAUAGGGAACUGAAGGAAUUCGUUGCGCGUGUGGCCUGUAUGGGAGAACAAUACCAAUGGUGGGCUGAUGAUAUGAGACUCAACACCGGUAUCGACAAUAAUCAAAAUGUAGAAGAUAAACGAGAGGAUGAUAUGCAAUUUAUAGAUGAAGAAUACGAAAGGCUUCAACAAUUAGUUAUAAACGGUGAACUUCCAUGCUCUAAGGAGGAAGCGGCCAUUUUAGCUUGUAUACAACUACGUGUAGAAGAAACUUGGCCUUCGGAGAGGAGAACAGUAAUGGAAACACAGCAGAAAUAUAAAUUAAGACCAAUUACUGAAGAUAUAAAGGAGUCUACAGUUCCUGACUUGACAGUGUUGACUUCUCCAAGGAGUAGGACUGAUACGGAUGAAAAUAGUGAAUUAAAUGAAAGUCACGAAAGCUCUAACACGGGUCAUGUCAAGUUUUCAAAGACAAAUAUAGUGUUAAGACACUGGAUAAGUGCGAAUGGCAACAGUACAGUCAUUGGCAGCACUACUAUAAAUGUCAACGAUUGCUUACCCCCUAACUACAGAAGGAACAAAAAUAUGUUAAAGACGAUCAAGGAACACAAACGUAAACUCUUCCACACUUCCGUUUACGAGAGUGAAAUCCACUUAAAGAAGUUAUACACACAAACUUGUAAACGACUUCCUGCUUAUGGAUGUAGGAUCUUUCAAGUUAAAGAACUCCUUCGAGGAAAGACUAAGAAGAAGGCAAACAGGAUUUUGGGGAUUGGUAUGGAGCACAUCGUCCUCCUGGACAGCAAAACGUUGCUACCUGCUAAAACUCAAUUAACUGGAGAAUUGCAGCAAUGGAGAACGGGUGGAGGGCGAUCCCACGAUCAACUUGUUCUGGAGUUUCGAGCCACCAAAUGGUCUUUUAUCACUCCUUCGCAGGGUACACUCAGGUCGAUCAGUACAGUCUUGUGGGAAAUUAUGCAAGAUUUGGAUACGCAUUUUCUUAACGAGCACAUUAUCUGCACCAAGGAAGAUCUGGAUAAAGAAAUGAAGAAGAGCGUGAUGUUUCGUCCAACCACCACAAUCUUUGGAGAGGAACUUGAGAAGUUGCAAUCUUUAUUACAUUUUCCUGAAGAGGUUGCAUUAAUGCUGUCAGAAACUGAAUACGAUCUCUUCUAUAAAGUUCCAGCUAUUCACUACAUUCGACAAGUUACUGUUGAUGUUAAUCUUCAUCCAACUUGCUCUUCCUUCAACGAAGAAAACGUCUACACGGUCCAGACCUUAAUUAAAAGAUUUAAUGAGGUCAGUUCAUGGAUAACUCAUAUAAUUAUAUCACAACCGACCCACGAAGAUAGAAAAGCAGUACUUUCGUGUAUAUCGCGCGUUGCUACAACGUGUUGGAAUCUUGGAAAUUUCAACACCGCUAUGGAAAUUCUAGCUGGAUUAAGAUCUGAGAAACUGAAGCCAUUUUGGUUAUCGUUGACCGAUAAAGAACAGGUAACAACGUUAGACUUCUUAACUAAAGCAUUACUCACGCCAGACAUGACUCAGGAAUGUGAAGAAGCGAUCAACAGAGCCUUUGAGAUGCCCCAUAGUAAGGUGAUUCCAUUCUUUGGAACCUUCCUGAAAGACUUAAAAAACGUGUUGCAAGGGAUGCCGAGUUUAGUUGUUCUACCAGCUAACAACGGACAGAAAUUAGAGUUUAUCUCCGAUUAUCACGGCGAGGAUCAUUUUCUUACUAGGAUCGGAGUCGGUGGAAUUAUUAAUGUCGAGAAAAUUGAAAAGGCUCAUCGAGUUUUGGAAAAUAUUCAAGCUUUUCAUCUUCAUGCUCUCAAAAGAGAACAAGCAUUGACUGAAAUUAUCAAUGUGAAUCAAAUAAGAAACAUUGAAGAGGAUGGUAAAGAAAACGAAAACCUGUACGAAAUUGAUAUUGACAGUUACAGGCCGAUACAACCUAUCAGCAAUGAUCACUGCAUAAGUUUCGUGCCAUUAAAUCAAAAAUAUUUGGAUUAUCAUCUCUUGCAGAUAAUGCAUCAUGGGCUUACAGUUAUACAUUGGGAUAACGAUGGGCAAAGAUCUGCUCUUUGCUACCUUAAACUAGAAAGGAACAAUGCUACAUUAACUUGGUGCAAACCUAAUUGGAGUUCUCUACGUGGAUCCGGAUGCCAGGAUUAUGUUUUGAGUGGUAACAUCGAAGAACCUGUUUCACCCGGAUUACUAUUGAAGUACGAAACGGGAGAAGUAGUACAGAAUAAUCUGGAGGAAGGAUAUUUAGAUCUGUGGUGCGUUAAGGAAGUAACAACGUGCGACGAUACGGUCGAUAUGUCUAUAAUGUCAAAACGUCACGGCUUAGAAGAGAAGUCGUCCCAGUGUAUAAAAUUAAUCUUUGGUGUUAAUUUAUCUGAUAAUAGAAGUUUAACUUUCGUAGCACCCUGUCUAGAAGCCCGAAAUUUGUGCGAAGGUUUAUCACAGGUUGUAGGAUUGCUGAGGCAACAGUAUCAACUGAGUGAUCAACGCAUUAAUUGGCUCAAAGAACGUUACUUGCAGCUCUAUUUCGAGGAUCAAGCUUGUUUCGGUCCAACUCCAGCAGAGGCCAUUAAGGUAUUUGGAGGAAGAAAGUGGACUUUAGGUUCAUUUGGGAGUAGCUGCUCUUCUAUGGACACGUCUGGAUUUAAGCGCGCCUCAAGUUUCGGAAUGGGUGCUUCGAAAUUGAGAAAGAAAAAGUCAUCAUCGUCCUUAGGAGCGAUUAAAGAUAACACCCCUAAAUCUCCUUCUGGUUCCAUCUGUGACAAUCCUAGUGAAGUCCUUCUUCGAAAACCGCGACCUUCCGUUCGCCAGCACAGAAGUACUAUCAAGAGUAGUCCUUUAAGUCAAAGUGAACAAAGUUCUGAUUGUAGUAGCCCUCAUGACGUAAUUUCACUACAAACUGUUUCAGCCGAAAAUUUAGGAACAGUCACGAGUCCACUGGGACAAUACUCGAUUGCAUCUUACAAAGAAAAAUGCAGACAAAAACUAAACUUAGAGUCUCCAACGACUAAUAAUUGGGAGCCAGCACAAACUCCAACGAUAUGUCGUCCAGCCAUCACUCAUUCAAGCCAGAUGGAUUUUUUGGAAUUUACAGAAUUGUUUCGUUCUUUUCUUGUUAGAAGUAGAAGAGAUCUUAGAAACUUAUUCGAACAAAUUUCAAUCACAUCUAAACACAAUCAAGAAUUGCACCUCGAUGCAGCAAAUAGUAGAUCGGUGACAACUUCAGAUAGCAAGAUGUUAGGUUUGUUGACACGUAAUACACCCUUUGACUUCUACGAAAAUAAUCAGAAAAAGAAGAUAUGCGAUGCCAUAGCUGCUGCGAGUAUCGUAUCUAAUUGUGCAGGUGUUGACACUUCGAAAACACUUGUACUUGGUGUGCAGGAAUUUCAAUCGUUCCUUUAUACCAAUCAAGGAGAGCGUGUGUCAGAAAAGCAAUUAAUAUCUUUGAUACAGAGGCACGAGCCAGAUCCUACUCUAAGGCAGCAGCAAUGUUUAUCAUUUGAAGGAUUCGCUCGUUAUCUCAUGGAUAAAGAUAAUUUUGCAUUUCUUUCCGAGAGCACAAAAUCGAAUGAAGAAGACAUGAACCAUCCUCUUUCACAUUACUACAUUGCAUCUUCACAUAAUACAUAUUUAACAGGGCAUCAACUAAAGGGUGAAUCUUCUGUUGAUCUUUAUAGUCAGGUACUUCUAACAGGUUGUCGAUGUGUAGAGUUAGAUUGCUGGGAUGGAGACGACGGGAUGCCUGUCAUUUAUCAUGGUCAUACCCUAACCACAAAGAUACCUUUCAAGAAUGUUGUAGAAGCCAUCGCUAAAAGCGCAUUUGUUACAUCACCCUAUCCGGUCAUUUUGUCCAUUGAAAAUCAUUGUUCACUUCAACAACAAGCCAAAAUGGCGGAAAUUUUUAGUACCGUCUUUGGUGAAAAAUUAGUCAGGCGAUUCUUAUUCGAUUCCGAUUAUAGUGAUGAUCCCCAGCUUCCAUCCCCUAACGAACUUAAGCACAAAAUUCUUAUCAAGAGCAAGAAAAUGAGAUCGACUCUAACACCAGCUUUGCCCCUAAAAUCUCGGGGAAAAUCUAUGCCAGGGCGAACGAAUAGUAUCAUCUCUACGGCAAGUACGGGUUCGUUCAAUGACGAUGAUGAUGACGAAUACGAAGAUGAAGACGAAGAAGAUGAACUAUUAGAAGUUAAAGAAAUCGGUGUUACGCAAGCAUCCCUAUCCGAAAGUUUCUCAGUUGUUGGUACUACGGAUCAAGAAGAGCUUCAAAGUUCAGGAACUGUUAGUAAAUCGGCAUCAUUAACAGUUCGUACAGAAUCAAUAUCAAGUCAGGAGGGAUUUGUUAACGUAAAAACAGCAAGCCCUGGACUUGCAUCGGUGGGAUCUAAGCAGUUUAGCCCUCUCGAAAAUGUGGCUGAAGAUGACACCUCGCAUAAACCUCGUAAGGAUGGAAGACAAAUUGCUUCAGAACUUUCUGAUCUUGUCAUUUACUGCCAAGCUAUUAAAUUUAGAGGUUUUGCAAAUAAUUCGAGCCCUACGAACUCAAUUAAAGUAAAGAAAAUCACGAGUAAAAAGAACGUUCUGAAUACAUCCAGUAAUGCUUCUACACCAAGUACACCUCCUCUUGCAAGCGAUAUCAAAAUUGAGAUUCCACCAUCUAAAAGACCAUCUUCAGCUUCCUGUUAUCACGUCUCAUCUGUGAACGAAAAUACUGCAAAAAAAUUAUGCAAAAGACAUUCUUUAGCACUUAUUGCUCAUUGUGAAAAUCAGUUAAUGAGAACAUAUCCAGCAGGUAUGAGAAUAGAUUCUUCGAAUUUCAAUCCAGUAAUAUUUUGGGCAUUUGGUAUACAAAUGGUUGCUUUGAAUUAUCAAACUGAAGAUGCCGCAUUGAACAUCAACACGGCAAUGUUCGAACAGAACGGAAGAUGCGGUUAUGUAUUAAAACCCAAAGUGAUGUGGGAUAAAUCCCAUAUGUGGUAUGGACGAUUUAAUCCCUGGGAUAAGAGUUUUGAUGGAUUACACGCUCUCAGCUUAUCAAUCACGGUUAUAUCGGGUCAAUAUGUCUGUCCGACUAGUUACGCUGGUAGUCCUCAGAUCGAAGUCGAAAUAAUUGGAAUACCAGUCGAUUGUAACAGGCAAAAGACCAAACUUAUACAAAGAAAUUCUCUUAAUCCCGUUUGGAAUGAUACUUUUCAUUUCAGGGUUAUGUUCGACGAAUUGGCAUUUUUGAGAUUUACUGUAACAGAUAUGGGAACCAAUCACAUAACUGCUCAAAGAGUAAUUCCUCUAAAGUGUCUUCGUCAAGGCUACAGACACGUUAGAUUAAGAGGUCCUCAAAAUCAAACGUUACCACUUUCUACUCUCUUCAUAUAUUUUAAAGCAGAAGAAGAAGGACUACUAUCACCUACCACCAAUGAGAUUCACGAAGAUAAGAAAUCUAAAGGCAAAAUGAAGGAAGUACCCUCUAAUGAAAUUAGAUAUAAAAGCGAAUUGAAAGAGGUAUCAGGAGUGAAUAGUGUACCAGUUAAAAGAAGAUUAUUCUUCUUGGUUGUCCAUGGUGUUAUCCCUGACGAGCCGAAUACAGUACUUAAAAUCACUCAAGACAGCACAACAAAGGAAGUUGUUACUCAGGCGCUUACAAAGGCUAAUAAAAGCCACGAAAACGUUGACGAUUAUGUACUAAUAGAAGAAGUGCAGAGAGGAUGGGAAAAGAAGUUAACAGAAAAGUCGAGCACCCAAAGAAUCCUUGAUCCUAAUGAAAGACCUCUAGAAGCUCAAGCUCAAUGGCAAGGAGAAGGGCGUUUCAUCCUUAAAAAGAUAACUGAUGAUCCCAGUACUAGAGCGUGGAUGACAAGCAUUAGGACACCUGCAAGCAGUAAAGAGCAGAAAAUGAAACAGGAAGCCGAUGUGGACGAUUGGAACGAUAAAGAAGAGUCAUUCUUAAUUUGCGUGUAUAACGUUUCACCUAAUCAACCUUACGCCAUAUUGAAAGCCCCUAUAUCUAGUACAGCACAGGACAUAAUUGCGCAAGCAUUAAUCAAAGCUCGGAGGUUAGAAGAUCCAUCCAGGUUUGUUCUUGUGGAAGAAAUGGAAUAUCCACCUUUAGCAGAGAGCACACCAACAGGAACCGUUAGAAAGCGUGGUAUACAUCGAGAAAGAAGGAUACUGGAAGAUAAUGAAAAUGUUUACCAAGUGCAAGCUAAGUGGAAAGUUAAGGGAUGGUUAGAGCUAAGAGAAAAAGAUGAGAUAACUGUAGAUAAGAAAAGUUCAGUUGGCAAAACUCCAAGCUUCAAGUUUAAUAAAUUCAGAACUUCCACGAAAGGAAAUGAUAAACAAGUGAAUAAUAACCACAAUAGACGCUCACCUAUAACAUCAGAAAGAAGAAUUAAAAGUUUAAAUGACAAUUCUUCAGACGAGAUUAAACUUCCCAAAAGACAAGUCCAUAGCGAAGGAGAAAUGAUAUCAGACGAUGAAGUUAAAGAUAUGUCGACUUCCACAACCAUGUCUAGAUUUCGUAAGAUAUCAUUGAGAAAGCUGAAAGUGUGGAGGUGAAAGCAUACCAAAGACAUAAUUCUUUUUUCAAAGGACUUUAACCCAUGUACCAAAAAGAAAAAAAAAAACAAGUCGAAAUCUUCUCAGAACUUCAUCUAGUCAAGAACCAUUUUUAAAAUUAAUUUAUUUAUUUGUUAAUGUUUAUAAGUGUCAUAAUUUAUUUUUUAUUUCGAUAUUGUCGUAAUGAAAGUGUGCGUAAAAUUAGUUUGUGCGUGUUCAUUUAUAUAUAUAUAU